AUGGAAGCAGCUCGUCUGGAAAGACUUCAGGCUCUAAAAUCAGUUUCGGAGCAGGCUCGUAUCGGUGGCAAGGGCACCGCUCGGAGGAAGAGAAAGGUUGUACAUAAAACUGCAGCGACCGAUGACAAGAAGCUACAGGCGACUCUUAAGAAACUGGGAAUUAAUGCCAUCCCAUCAAUUGAGGAGGUUAACAUGUACCGAGCCGACGGUACGAUGAUCCACUUCAAGAACCCGAGAGUUCAGGCAUCUCCACAGGCCAACAUGUUUGCUGUUUCGGGUCUUGCUGAGAACAAAACGCUCAACGAUUUGUUCCCCAAUAUGAUGAGCCAGCUAGAGACGGCAAAACAACGUCUUUCUAAGAUGAGUGAAGCAGCUCAAGGUGAAGCUAAAGAAAAUGCGGAAGACGAUGACGAUGAUGAUGUCCCGGAACUUGUCGGGGAUUUUGAGGAAAAAAGUCGCCAAGAGUGA